AUGCCGACUCCCUCUACCCAGUUCAACCCAAGGACCGGUCUGCGCCGGCCCUCGACCUUUAUGUCACUGGCGCCCAUCACAUCCGACUCGUAUCCUCGCACGCAACGGGCCAAGCAGCCUCUAACUGCCGAGGCACUCGCACAAGUCGCGACGCAAGACGGUGCGAGCGCUGACGCAACGAAGCGCCGCACCUCGAGCUUGAGCAGCGAUGCGUCCAAAUUCCGCUUCCUCAAGCUCGGACCGGUCCACUGGGGCGAGCACCAGGACGACGACAAGGGUGACUUCCGCGAGGUUGCCGUCGAGUAA